UCCACCCACGCAUGGUCAAUUCGCUCUCGGAUGCGGAUCUCCUCUAAUCCAAUUCUAAUCCCCUUCCAAUCUCCCAUUGGCGCUCACCAAUCGCACGCAAAAAUGCACGCCAUCCUCGCCGGAAUCCCGCCGUCCCUCCGGGCGGCGGUGCUAAUCGCCUCGACCUGCGCGCUACUCCUCCUCGCCACCGCACUCCUCCCGCGCGCCCCUCCUCCGGUCCCGCCGCUUACCGUCGCCGACGCUGCUGCCGUCCGCCUCGACGCGCGCGUCGAGCAACGGAGCGGGAACGAGGUGCUGUGGCAGCUGCCCGCGUCGCCGCGCGCCGCGGUGUUCGUGGCGCCGGGCUGCACCAUCCGCGCCACCGACUUCUUCGACGCCUCCCCAAACUGCCCGCGCUGCGUGGGGCUCCCCGAGGAGCGCCGCUUCACCCGCGCCGCGCUCCGCAGGGGGUACGCCGUCCUCGCUGUCUCCAGCCGCGCCGAGUGCUGGUCCCUCGACGCCUCCGGGGAGGGCGGCGAGCUUGCCGCGGUGGAGUCCAUCAUCAAGUGGUGGACCAAGGAGAAGUACCCUCAGCUCGCUGGCCUCCCGCUCGUCGGCAUCGGCGCGUCGUCGGGCGGGUACUUCCUCUCCGCGCUCGCCGCGAGGGUCAGGUUCAGCAGCGUCGCUGUCAUGAUCGCCGAGGGACUGUAUGCGACCAUGGGGGACAUCCCCGCCGGGUACCCGCCGGCGCUGUUCGUGCACAUGCCCAAGGACGCCGAGAGGGCGCGGGAGGUGGCGGACAGCAUGGGCAAGCUCAGGGCGAAGCGCGUCGACGUGCGGGAGAUCCAGUGCGACGACUUCGCCGUGAGCGCCAAGUUCCUGGCGGAGAGGGUGCCGGGGCUGACCCGCGCCGUCGCCGACGCGCUGGUGGACGUGCUUCGCCGGAAGGGUUUCGUGGAUGAGAAGGGGUUCAUGAAGAAUGACGGGAGGAGCACGCCGUGGAAGAAGGCAGCGGAGGAGGCUAAGGUCCUGUCGGAGGGGUUCCGGCUGGAGAAGCAUGUCACCGAGGAGCUGAAUCUUGCGUAUGCGUACCAUGAGUUCACCAGCCUCAAGAAUACUGAGAUCUUCGAAUGGUUUGAGUCCCAUAUGGCUCAUUAGGACUGAAGCCUGAACGUGCUUGCGUGCUAUGGUGAACCGAGUAGUCGACCGAUUCGAUGCCAUUAAAUGGCUUGUGAAGAGUGAAGACAGCGCAAAACCGUAUGUUCAAUGCUGCUUCAGGCACUGAAGUAUUUUUCUACAGGAAGUAGUUGUAUGAAAAAAAAGUAAUCUCACUCAAUUGGGGACAUAUUCAUAAAUUGUUGAUUACAGGAUAUCAUCAUGCCUGGAUCCAGUGAAUCCCUGCUUUGGAAUGUCAGGGAACCCAACGGAAGGUGUACUUGGGGUGCUUGGUGAAGAGCCGUAAGAUGGUGUCGGCGUAGCACCGUAAGUCGGCGUCGGUGUUGGCUUGUACCCGCCUCCUGAGCCGUACGUCGGAGUUGGGGAACCACCAUCUGAUAAGACGCAUGGUUCACCAACUGUUAUUUCAGAUGAUGCAUGGCUACAUGACGUUGCUACUUGGUUUGCUUUGCAUAAUUCUGAGUGUUCAGAAAGCAUGCAGUUUAUGUUCAAUCUUUUCGUAAUUGCAUUAGCUAGCUAGAUGCAACAUCCAGUGUUUCUAAAAUAUUGAUAUCCAUGAUUCGUGCAGUCUAAUAUUACAUUGCACAAUAUCAAAGUAUACUAUUACUACUCAGAUGGCUGAUCAAAUAAUAUAUAGUACAAAAAAGGAAUGGGGUCAGAGAAAAUACACUGGGGACCAGAAGAGUAGGUCUUCUGUUCAGACAACUCUCCUAGGCUCCUGCACGAGCUCAGAGUGACCAGCCCCACCAGGACAGCACUGACAAGAAGAACCUUGCUGCUCAUCUUGCUCUCAGUGUCUACAGAUCAGAAGACUGAAGGUGUGGCUGAACUGGUUGAGAAACUUGUGAUGCUUGAGUUGAUGAUCUGAGUUGCUUUCGAGAACACACACAUAUAUAUACACACAUGCGAGUGGUGCUCUUCAACUGAUGCUAUUGCAUGCAAAGAUCUGUAUAUGUUUAUCACGUUGUAAGUGGUUGGCCUGUUGGCCAUCAUUUAAUGAUCUUAGUUUGUCCAUCUUGUCACGGCGGUGAUCUGCUUACUCUCAACUAGAACAAUGAAGAGCUUACACUGCUUCUUUCCACGGAGAAUGAAUUAUUUCAUGCAUGCAGUCCUGCAGAUUUAAUUGGAAUCGGCGCCUGCCACCUACUCAGUGUACUUACCUAUACCUCGAGCUGGAUUCUGUGAUCUGAUCCCUGAAUUGAAAUAUUGAAUCUUUCAAACAUGGGUUUGGUAUGCUUCUCUGGUCCAGUUGAAAUACCAGGGAUCCAAUUCGAGUUUGGUCCGAUAUUAUGGAGUGGCUGAAAUUGUUUAGCCGUCCAACUGGAAUACACAGGAUUUGGCCUGAUUUUGUCAGAAGUCAAAUCUCUACACAGGUUGCCUUACAACCAAGGAAAAGAGGCAGCACAGGAGCGGGAAAUGAUUGGCCCUGAGGAUUGAGGUGCCAUGUGAUCUCUCGUGCAUCUGCCGGACAGAGAGCUUGGAGGGCCAGACCGCCGAGAGCUAGCUGCUCCGUCGCCGCCAUUUUCAGAGGGUACAGUUCCUUUUGAUGAAUGGUGAUGGCUGGGGUCCUUUAAAAGCACAUGUACAAACGCCUCCCGUGCAUUCUUCAUUUCUCGUGUAAGGAAUAGAUUAUGUGUGAUUACUGUGCUUGAAAUAGCGUUGAUUACUUGCUUACUGCC